GUAGUCUGCAGGUCCGGGCGGAGCGGCUCCUGUCUGCCGGGCAGGGGCCAGCCGGGCUCCCUCGGCCGCGGCGGGGCCGGGCUGGGCCGGCCUCGGUGAGGCGUCGAGGCCGGCAGAGCCUGCGCCGCGCCCGGCGCCGCUCGCUGCCUCCCCACCCCCCGCCUCCCCUCAGGGCUCCCCGCUCCUCCCCGCCGAGGAGGCGGGAGCCCGCCGCCCGCCCCGGCCGAGCCCGCCGCGCAGGGGGAAGCCAGCGGGGCAAGAGCUGCCCGCGGAGCACCAUGCUGGAGUCCAUCCGUGUCACCGAAAAACUUCACUGGCCUAAGACAGAGCUUUCUAAAAAAUCAGUCCUGAGUCCAGAAGAACAUAAGCUGAACAUUAAUAAUGAAAACAGCCUCCAGCACCCACCUUCUGGGAUCCUUAAGGACAUUUUCACAACAGGAACCAGUAGCUACAAUGUCCUUCUGCAGAGCAAAGAGGAGAAAAAACACCAUGCUCAAAAGCAGUCAUCUGCUCACCACAAGAAACACAGAAAAACUACGAAGUGUUCUACCACCUUGCGAAGCAAUGAGCACCGCAAAAUCAAAGUCCCACUACCCUUGCUCAGCAGUGGGUGGUACUGCACAAACAGACAGCCCUCCAUCAUUGUCACUGGCCCAGUGUCUACCAGCAUGAAGUUUACAAACAGUAUUUCGGUUGCAGGGAGCAGCGUAGGACUGCCAUCGCGACCCAGAAGUAGAACUAAGAGGCAUUUUAAUCUAACAAAGCCAAAGCAAUCCCAGUCCUCAAAAAGCCAUGGAAAAGAAAGUGAUGUCUCAGGCCAAAAACUCUGUUUACUGACUGCAAUCAAGCCUUCCAAUGUGGAGAAAGAGAAGAUGAAAUUCUUCAAGUCAGAUUUCACAUACAAUCCUCAAUUUGAAUAUGCAAACCCUGCUCUGCCAAGCGUGUUAGCUAAGCACAGCCAUGCAUCUGACCGAUUUCUUAAGCAGUCCAUUAACAUUAUGGAGCGGACAUUGCAGAAAUACGGAAGCUAUGAAAAAUUUGAACAGGCCACUGGAGGCAGCUUGCUGACCAAAAGUCGCAUCUGGAAUCACGUCAGGAAAUAUAUGGUGAAAGAAGGCUGUCUUGGUGAGAUUGUGGUCCAUCUCACGGAGGACCUGCUAUCUCGAGCCUCAAUGACAGUGGUGAAUGGCCGGCCCACUCUCACUAUCAAUAUCUCCACUGCGCGAGAGCACUGGCUGGAAGGGAUGCUGAGACAUGAAAUUGGAACUCAUUAUUUUCGGGGUUUUAACAACAACAGCCAGCCUUGGUGCAACUGGAACGGACGUAGAAAACACGGGUUAAAACCAAUCAACCCUACAGAAGAAGGGCUAGCAAGCAUUCACAGUGUCCUGUUCCGCAAAGACCCUUUUCUUUGGAGAGCUGCCCUGCUCUACUACACAGUGUAUCAGGCUAGCCAAAUGUCCUUCAGUCAGCUUUUCCAGGACGUGGGGAAAUUUGUUAAGGACCCCAAUACUAGGUGGGAUUACUGCGUACGAGCUAAGAGAGGGUGGACUGACACAUCACAACCAGGCUGCUUCAAUAAGGAUCAGGUGUACUUGGAUGGCAUCCUCCGAAUCCUGAGAUACAGGGAGUCCAUUGAUUUCCAUCUUCUGACAGCCCUUGGAAAGGGAGUCUACAGGAUUGUCAAGCCACUUCAAAAACAUAAUCUCGUAUGAGGAUGUGGAUCGCCUCAAAGGAUUAGCUGUGAUCGAGAACAUGAGGGUACCACACUUUUUGCAAGACCAUGCCCGGUAUAUGGAGCACUUGGAAAAGAUCAUGGAAGUCAAUGAGCUGACUGAUGAGGAGCUCCAGGAUCUCAUAAAUUAACAGUAUUAGCCCACCAUUCACUUACUCUGUGAGGAUGUAGAACUGGACUUCCCAGAGCUUGCAAAAAUGGAUUUAUGAGGGCUGGGGCAGGAGGGAAGGGUGGCCAGAAUAUGUGAAAUUUGAAAAAAGCCCCUUUAUGUUCCUUUUGCAUUGUGAUUGUAUACUGAUUAUUUUUUUAAAGGGUUUAUGCAUUUUUCAAAAUUUGGCUUAGGAAUUCCUUUGCAAUGAUCUGUCCAAUCAUCCGCUCUGUAUGCUAGGUAUGGUGCUUGGCACUGCCUUUUGUAAUAUACUGCCUUUUCCCACCCAGGUUUAGAGGUGGAGAAAAGGCGAAAGGGUAGAAAUUCCCCUUAGUUCACUUGUGUUUGCCCUGUCUUUGGUUAUAGCUUUCAUGGUUCAUAGUGAUAGAACUGCUGUAGAUUAUGCUACAUUGCUGUCUGCAUUACUCUUUCUCAUUUGGUCAUCAUUACAAUGAAAAAAGAAAGUUUAAAAACACAGUGCACAGAAGCAGGUCUUUGUGCCAUAGGAUUGAAGGUCUGUAAUGCUAUAAAAAGUUUUGGGUUUUUUUACUGGAAGACUUAGCAUUUAAAAAAAAAGAUAGCUAUUGCUGUUUUAAUGACUGUAAGCAGGUAGCAAAGUUAUCCCCCUUUAUCCCUCAAAAAGUUACACUGUUCCACAUCUUUAUCUGUAUAGUACGUGUUUCAGGAAGCUGAGUUCUGGAAAGGGUCUCCCUCUUUUGAGGAGAAGCACAGCAUGCCUAGGAAGUUCAACAUGGCAGUGUUUUAGAAGAAGGAUCGGGCAGAACUGUGAUUUCAUGACUUAUAUGUUUUAAAUAAAUUCAGGAACACAGGGACAUGA